AUGGCCAAUCUGGUUCCUGGAAUACCCAGCUUGCGCUUGCAGUCCAACGCGCCUCAGCUUACUGUUUCUUACAGCAACGAAGACUUCGAUGAGGACUCUGACUCAGAAGGGGACGCUGCUUUGUUGGCGGCACAAGGUGAUGAUCUGGAGGAACAUCGAAGAGCCAGGAUGCACCGACCUGCCAGCCCGGAACCUCCACUCCUAGGAGCGGAGAGGACCAUUGACCCCCGGAGCAUGGACGAGAAUUGUGACGAGAACGCUCGAUCAUUGGGAUUCUGCAGUGGGGAUGUCCGGUGCGAGGCAGCAAUGUGGCAACAUGCCCAGGAAAUUCGGGACAAGGCUGGACAUAUUCCAGCUUUGCUACAUGUGCCACCUGGUAUCCCGGAUGAUCUGAGCGAGAGCCAAGAUCGCACAGGCACUAGCAGGCGGAAUACCAACUGCAGUGAAACCAGCGAAGCGCCGAUUCCAGCUGCAACAAAUCCUUUCGCAGCUCCACGGCCCAAGCUGGGUGACUUCGUGGACAGGCGGAAUUCUCAUUCCUCCCAGCCAUCUCAAGCAUCAGCGCCGUCAUCGCGACGUUGCUGGGUGGAAAGUGAUGACACCGUGGUCAAGAGCCCAUCUGGCCAUGGGCAUGGGAAAGACAAGAUUGGAGGCAAAGAUGGCAGUUGGCAGGUCUUCAUGGCCUGGGUGCCAACCGGGACCGCCUUGAUACAGGCUGAAUCCUGGAAGCCUUCCGAAAAAGCUUCCGAAAGACUGCAAAAGAAGCUCCGAAAGAACAGCCGCUCAGAAGCGGCGAGUUCUGCAGCCUACAAGGAAGAUGAGCCGGACUUUGGCGCAGAAACACCACCAUGGUACAUACUGAAUCCGGACACGUCACCCCGCGUGUAUUGGGAUAUUUUGAGCUUGGUGAUGAUCACCUACGACAUCAUUUUCGUGCCUUUGGAGGUUUGCUUCACCUUGGAAGAGACAAUUUUUUUAGCCUUCUUGGACUGGUUCACACGGCUUUUCUGGACGUUUGACAUGGUUGCCUCAUGCCUCACAGGAUUUGUUUUUUCAGAUGGCGUCAUCGAGUACAAACUCAGUGCCAUCCUGCGACGAUACGCGAAGACUUGGUUUGUGCCUGACCUCAGUAUGGUAUUGUCAGAUUGGAUCGGAUAUUUGGUGGCUGGGAGUGGCCUUGGCCUUGGGCAGCUGGCUCGUGCAAUUCGUAUGGCGCGGGCGGUGAGGCUGCUUCGGCUGCUGCGAAUGCAAGAAGUCUUGGCAAAUCUGACAGAACGCCUACAGUCAGAUGUGAUCGAGAUUGUCAUGCAAAUUGUCAAGAUGGUGAUUUUGCUCGUUAUGCUUUGCCACUUCAUGGCUUGCUUUUGGUGGGCAGUUGGAACGAAUGGCGAUGGAACAUCAUGGGUGAAGGCAGGGGCCUUUGACGGUCUGAGCGCUGAUGCGUCUUAUUUGGUCUGCCUCCUUUGGGCCAUGUCUUUGUUUUCAGGAGGCUGCAACAAUAUCUACCCGGAGACUUCGACUGAGAGGAUGUAUGGAGUUGCUGCCUGCCUUUGCAGCUUCGUUUUCUUGCUGGUGAUGCUGGGUACUCUCACAUCAGGUCUAACGCAACGGCACAUCAUAGAUGGCAGUGGGCAGCGCCAGAUGGCUGCUUUGAAGACCUAUUUGCGCCAGAAUAGCAUCCCGAAAAACCUCACCAAGCGCUUGUGCCGGAGCGCCAAGCAUGCCAUUUCUGGAGACUUAACUCCAGAUUCCGUGCAGCUCUUGGCAGUUAUUUCUGAGCCUUUGAAAAUGCAGAUGCAUUUCGAGAUGUACUCAAGGCUUUUGCUCUAUCAACCCUUCUUCAAGGAUUUGCUCACUGAAGGAAACCAGCUGGUUCGGCGCGUCUGUCACCAGGCCAUGGGCAUUUUGCUGCUGGCGCAUGGCGACGUCGUUUUCGAGGUUGAAGAGGAGCCCUCGGAGCCCAAGUUGUAUUUGGUGGCGUCAGGCGCGUUGGACUAUACAGACUCGUAUGGCGAGGUUGAGAAGGUGUAUGACAAGUGCUGGAUAGCUGAGCCAGUGUUGUGGACGAGGUGGAAACAUCGUGGAACUCUUGUUGCAAUCAGUGACGUCAAGAUGGCCAUGCUUGAUGCUACCAGCUUCCAGGAAAUUUGCAGACAAGCCAUUUCGAAGAAGAAUCCAGCAUGUCUGCCGAUCAUUGCGUACGCAUUGGAGUUUGUGAAGGAGUUGAACGAGCGGAGCUUUCCUACUGACUUGCCUGAAAGCGCAUAAUUUGGAAGGGGAGCGCUCCCCGGAUUCGUAUAGAUCGUGUACCUAGGAAAUUUUGUUUUGCACUUCUAUGCCGUGUGUUUAUCGC